AUGCAGUGGCAGCAGUCCUAUAGCCUAUACACCAGCAUGUGGUUCGCGUCCCACGUCGCGGUCAUGUACACUCUGGGUCGCCUGGCCAUCGAUGAUAUCCCGACCGGUGCUGCACGGAGGGACGAAGACAACUUCUUCAGCCCUCAGGAUUGCGUGGAGUUUAUGAGGUUUACGCGAGACCAGGUGAUUCUAUCUAUUGAGUGA